CCCGGCAUGCAGCGCGCUCUCAUCGCUCUUUUGUUGCCGGAAAAAAGAAACCUCAGGGAGAAUCAUGUUAGCACAGCUCGAUACAGAGAGGUUGGAAAAUGGAGAUGCUUCUGAGACAGAUGUGCCUGAUCUGGCUGUUGAGCGGCUCUUCAACAGCUCCACAGCCGCUUCCCGGUUCCUGCAGGCUGAGCUUGAGCUGAACGCCCGGCUGCAGAUGCUGUCUUUUGGAAAACCCGUGCGGUACACGUACAACCCCCUGGAGUACGCCUGGGAGACUCAUCAGUGUUAUGUGGAGAAUUACUGUCUGGAGGGGCAGAGUGUCCUCUUUCUGGGCAUGAACCCGGGACCCUUCGGCAUGGCACAAACUGGGGUUCCAUUCGGUGAAGUGAAGGCGGUUCGUAAUUGGCUGAAGAUCACUGGAAGGGUGGGGCGUCCGGCAGACGAGCACCCGAAGCGGCGAAUCACAGGCCUGGACUGCACUCAGAGUGAAGUGAGCGGCGCUCGGUUCUGGGGCUUUUUCCAGGAUCUCUGCGGAGAACCGAACAACUUCUUCCGCCACUGUUUCGUGCACAACUUGUGUCCGCUCAUCUUCAUGAGUGAGUCCGGCAAGAACCUGACGCCUCCUGAGCUCCCAGCGGCAGAACGGGACGCUCUCCUGUCCUGCUGUGACUCCGCCCUCUGUCGGGUCGUCACAGCGCUGGGAGUCUCCAUGGUGAUCGGUGUUGGGAAACUGUCGGAGCAGCGCGCCAGACGAGCGCUCUCAGAGGCGGGCAUCAGCAUCAGGGUGGAGGGCAUUAUGCAUCCGUCCCCUAGAAACCCACUGGCUAACAAAGGCUGGGCGAGUGUAGCCCGAGAUAAGUUAGAUCAGCUGGGGGUUUUGGGUUUGCUCACAAGAUGAUGAUGAUGAGGUGGAGGAUACCGCUACCUCGUAUUAGUAUUAGUACCCUUGUGUGCUGUUGGGAUGUUUUCAUCCACUCUGGGCUGAUUACGAGUCUUAAUUUGUCCACAACUUCCUUUGUGUUUCAUCAAACAGAAUCAUUUUUGGUGACAUCUUAUUUUGACAAAUAUUUUGGGAAAAUUCUACAAUACACUCAAAUUGACUUCCCUUUCAUUAUGUUGGGGGCUGUUUUUGCCCCAUUGACUUCCAUUAUAUUCACAUUUUCUGAUUGCAAAGUCAUUACAGCAUAUAAUCAUGCAUUCUUGAUUGUUGCUGGUUUUCGGAGUUGAGAAGAAGGACAAUGGGGUAUAUGCCGAAGCAUGCUAAUAGGACUUUUAAUUUGGCAGUAACCUGGGUUAAUCGUUUCCGGUGAAUUGUUUGCCAAUGCAAAAUCGGCGCGUUUAAGGUCUGUUUUCUUUAAUAAUCAGCGAUCUCUACUGGCUGAGUGAUAUCUGAUAUAAAGUGGGUCUCAGAUUGUACAAGAAGCACUGCAUUAAAUUACAUUUCCCACCGCCAUAUCUUUAUAAUAUGAGCAUUUAUUUUACCCCAGUGUAAUCAAUGGAGCUUCUGCGCUAGCCUGCCGAUUCUGACGGGUGCGUGCGAGUAACCGGCUUUUUGGCUCGUUUUACGCUUGAUUAACUAAAUGAAUGCCAAAGUCUGUUUAACUGAUUGUAUUUGAGUUACAUUACAACAUCGAUGCUGUAAAAGGAACCGUAUAAAAUGGAAAAAACUCACAAUAACAGGUCACCGGAAGUUUAUCAGUAUGGGAAACACACUAGCUCGGCAUAAACCCUAUUGUGAUUUUUAUGCUUGAUCAUCAGUUGCAGUGUGAAAAAAAGCUUAGUUUCUGGCUUAAGAUGACAUGGUUAAAUGAAGUAUAGUGUGUGUGAGAGAGUCUGAGAGAGACCUUUCACACUUUC